AUGUUCGCAUAUCGCAAUGCUAUCGCCCUUGGGCCAGUACUUCUAGCACAGACGGUGUUGGGUUACCCUAAAGGCGUAGUGCUCAAUCCCACUUUGACAACCCGAGACAAUGAGUUCAUCUUUUCCGCCAUCGGAGAUUCAUGGGGAAGCGGAGUUCAAUGGAGCGACGACACCGCAUACGACGGAAACGAGGACGGAUGCAUGCGCUACAAGUACGCCUGGUCGACCGUAGUCAACGACAAAUACCAGGACUGGACGCCAAACCCCGACCAAGGACCCUUGUUUGAGUUCAGAGCAUGUUCCGGUGCUCGUCUGGGACAGAACAUCCACGAUCAAAUGGACAAAUUGACACGACCCAAGAUGACUCUCCUCGAAGCUGGUGGUAACAACGCCCAAUUCUACGAUAUGGCCGACUUCUGCCUCUUUCAUUCCGACAGGAACAAAGAUUAUGGGACGAAAUACGAAGAUGACAAUGCCGAAAACCCGACAGGAAAGUGCAGGUCAGAGAUCAAGGAAGUAAGGAACAGAGUUGGAGGUGGCCUUAAGCAGGCAGUCCUAGAUACUAUCGAGACCUGGAGGUACCACCCCGCUGUCGGCGGCAACGACGCGACUCUGUUCAUGCUGGGAUAUGCGCGUUUCUUCGCCCUCGACGACGCCUGCAAUGACUGGAAUUUCGGCGUCCAGUAUCAAAACUCCAGCCAGACACAAACUAUCAAAAAGGAGAUGCGACAGGAGUUCAACGAUCUGGUCGACGCCGUGAACCUCGCCAUCCGCUCCUCAGUCGAACAAUACAACGACCCGAAAAUUCAAUACAUCGACAUCAACCCCGCCCUCGAAGGCCACCGCUUCUGCGAACCAGGCCACAGCUGGUGGUCGCAGCUCAACUACGGCUCCAACGUACACAUCUGGAACAAUCCCGCCCGCCUCGUCGUCACCAUCCACGACGGCGACGCUGCUACCACGUACGAGUCCAGCGACGACCCAGGCGUUCCCGGCCCGCCCGAGGAUGUCGUAGAGAAGCUACGUGGAUAUCCCGAGGGCGAGGCCGUGCAGCAGGAUCAAUACACGGUACUUACCUUUCGCGAUCCCGCGAAUCCAGGUCUGUGGAUGGAAUGGAAGGUUGAGCCGCAGCCGCUCGAUGGCGGGAGUGGGAGUAAGGAUGGGCGUAUCGCCAGGACAUUGCAUCCCACGCAGGACGGGCAUAAGGACAUGGGCGAUCUGAUUGUCGAGGCGCUCAAGAAGAAUUAUAGAACCGACGUGACGAGUCCUGUGCCUACGGCGCCGGCGCCGGCGGAGCCGUCAUCCACAACGUCCACACCCUGCCCUGCUGGCUGCACCUGCAAUGGUCCUGUACCACUUUGCACGUAG